CGCAGAACGUUGAAAAUGGUGCAUACACUCAACACUGGCAUGAAGUGUGACUGACUAUUGAGUCGAGUGACGGUAUCAACUAGACCUCACUUUUCCGCUAUCUUUUAUUUUUAGGCUAUUUGCUCUUUUACAGCGGUUCGUAAAACACUUUGUUGACGAUUCCGUAGAUAAAAUACGAGAUACAAAAAAAAAACGGUCCAUCCGCUCCCGAUCCAGGACCCCUGUCAUAUUUUUUUUCAUCUCGCCAACAAACAUGCCGAAUUUGGACCCGGACAAAAAAAGACUCGUCGCUUCGAUUCUCCACUUCCUUCGUCGUGAAUUCAGACUUGGCUAUUUAAGCGAGGAAAACAAAGAAGGGCUCGAAGUGGCCAUACAGUGCAUCGAGACGGUCUACGAAGUAGGGAAUUCAACAGAAACCGAACCUCCACUUCUGGACAUAUUCAAAGCAUAUCUGUCUACAUCAAUUCUAAACAAACCUGAAUCUUCAGAACAAGAUAAAAAGGAGGCUGAAAAACUCAAAACAGAAGGAAAUAGUGCAAUGAAUUCCAAUUUGUUUUCUGAGGCGAUUGCACUAUAUACAAAGGCUAUAAGUCAUGAUCCAAAAAAUGCAGUGUACUAUUGUAACAGAGCUGCUGCACAUAGUAAGCUGCACAACUACACUCAGGCAAUUGUCGAUUGCAAAAUAGCAAUUGAAAUUGAUCCUAGCUAUAGUAAAGCGUACGGAAGGCUUGGAUUGGCAUAUUGUGGUUUGGAAGAUUAUCUUAAUGCCCUAGACAAUUAUAAAAAAGCUUUGCAAUUAGAGCCUUCGAACGAUAGUUAUCGUAAAAAUUACGAGCUCGCAUUGAUGAAGGUAAAUGAAUUCCGUUACGGCAGAACAUCACCCAAUGAUAUAGUCGGUAAUCAAAAUAAUCAAGACAAUGGCCGUUCUAACGUCACGCCAGAAGGAAAUUCUAGACCUCCGCCAAAUUCAGGAAAUCCUCCAAGCGAGCAACCCGGAAUGAAUAACUUGGGCCCAGGUCAGGUUGACCUCUCAUCAUUGUUCGGGAAUCCACAAUUGAUGAGAUUUGCCAAUCAAAUGCUUGCUGAUCCAAAUAUGCAAAACAUGAUGAGUGCAAUUAUGAAUGGGACAUUGAAUUCUGAAGGAGGGAGAAGCAGGAUUGGAGUUGAUGAUAUUUUGCAAGUAGGUCAACAGCUAGCUCAGCACAUGCAGUCCGAACACCCUUCUGUAAUAGAAGAAAUUCGUCAAGCAUUUGAAACUCAAAUAAACGAUGAUGGAAACCCCACUCCGACACCUCCAGGACAACCCGAUAACAAAAAAGGCGGCCCUGGUGAUAAAAAAUAAACAUCACUACCUUUGCAUCAUCAACGUUUCUUUAAAAGAAAAUUAAAUGAAUUGUUUCUGAUAUAUAAAAAAAA